CAUGGAGCUGGCGCUCGAAGCAGCCGGCGGCGGGAGCCGAGCGGCGUCGGUGUCCCUCUCGGCAGACUCCCCCGAGGCCGUGCUCGGCCGCGGCGACCUCGGCGGAGAAGCCGACCGGCAAGUCUCGCGCCGCCACGUGUCCCUCCGCCUCCUCCUCGGCGGCGGCGGCGGCGUCGCGGAAGAGGAGGAGGAGGGGGAGCCCAGGGUCGCCUUCGAGGUCGUCGGGAGGAACCCCGUGGUCGUCCGCUCGCGCGGCGGCGGGAGCAGGGUGUACCGGCGCGGCGAGGCCGGGGAGCUCCUGGACGGGGACGGGGUCGCGCUGUCGCUGAGGGCGCCGUCGUUCUGGGCGGUGCGGAGGAGGAGGAGGAGGGGGAGCAAGGGCGGGGAUGUGGAGGCGGAGGUCCUGGACGCGGUGGAGAGGCGCACGAGGGAGCGGAAGGAGAGGGAGAGGCGGGCGGCGGAGGAAGCCAUGGAGGUCACCGCCGACGAGGAGGCUGCUGCGGCGGAUGCCGAUGCGGCGAUCGGUGGGGAAUUGGAUGCGGAAGCGGAGGAUUCGAAAUUUGAUCCAGCAGGCAUCGACCCGAUUCGAGAAUUCGGGUUCUUAUCAAUGGGCCAUGAAUUUGACAACUAUCCGAAAGGAAGAAUCCGUCCCCCAAAGGAUUGGAAUUGGUUUCUGGAGGAAUUAAGAAAGAGUUCCGAUGAUGAAGAUGAUGAGGGAGGUAAAUCAAAGGGUAGAGUCGCUAAGAAGAAGAAUGAGGGACAGCGUGAAGAUGAUGACUGGACAGGCGAGAGUGAGAAUGAAAAAGCCUCCCUGUCAAGAGGUCCUAGUGUGAAGAGAUCAAAGUAUGUGACAAGAUCAAAAGAACCAAAGAAACCUCGCAACGAAAAAUCUGAGAUCAAAGGGAAAAAUAAGAACGUUGGGGAUGAAGUGGAUGAGGAAGAUGAAGAGGAUGAUGAAGAUGAAACACUUGGAGGUUUUAUAGUUAAUGAAGAGGACGGCCCAAUGGAAGAGGUGAGUGAGGAAGAGGGGGACGAGUUCGAUGAUGAUGAUGAUGACGACGACGAUGACUAAAAACAAUGCCAAGAUAGCUUCUGUACCUUUCUCCUGAUGAAGGUGCAACGUUAGCGCUGACAAGCAGGGGUCAUAUGCUUCUGUGUUGUAACAAAUACAGUUAGUUAGCUUUCGUCGGACAGGAGUUGUGAACUUGUGAUGAUGUUUGUUCAGUUAAUGACUAACACAUUUGUCUCUGUUCCCAAGAGGUUUGGGUUUUUGCAUGCUUGGGCCCUCUUUGGUUUGGAGGAAUCGAACUGUUUCCUGUGAAAAUCCCGUUUAUCUGUAAAGUGGAUGUAUGCGUACCUACCAAUUUUGGCAUCUGGACAGUGCAGGUUCAUGCUGAAUAACGCUAUUUUUGCUCAACAGUG